AUGGCCACUGAAAGGCACAGGAGGAAUUCUAUUGCAAGUCUCAAAUUGCCUGAUGGAAAAGUGAUAAAUGAUCAUGCUCAAAUGGAAGGAAUCAUCUGGAAUUGUUUUAAAAAUAGGAUGGGCACAUCAAGAGGCAUUGUCAUGGGCUUUCACCCCUCUGAUCUCAUCACCCCUGUGGAAGGCCUUGACAUUCUCACCAAACCUUUUGAAAAAGAUGAAAUAGACAAGGACUUUUAUGAGCUAGCUCAGGAAUUCUAUGAGGGUGGUGCUAUCAUGGAUAACAUUAAUGAUUCUUACAUUACUCUUGUACCUAAAAAGGUUGCACCUAAAGAGGAUGGAGAUUAUAGGCCUAUUUCUCUCACUAGUAUGGGCCUGAAGUUUCUUUCUAAAAUGGCAGCAAAUAGGAUUCAAGAGAUUCUUAGGCACAAAGGUUUUAAUGAGAAAUGGAUUCUCUGGAUGAAGCAGCUGCUAGGCACUGAUGAUACCUUAAUCAUCUUACCUGCUGACAGGAUUCAGCUCCUGGCCCUGAAAGAUAUGCUUCAAGUGUUUUCUCAGUCCACUGGCCUUGACGUCAACUAUCACAAAUCUUUCCUCAUCCCCAUAAAUGUUGAUCCUAUUGUGAUGAAUGAUCUUGCUGUUGCUUUUGGUUGCCAGAUAGGAAAGAUGCCUUUCACUUAUCUUGGGCUGCCAUUUGGCUGUUCCAGCUGGAAUCCUCAAGCAGUUAGAGAGAAUUCAGAGGCAGUGUUUGUGGAGAAAGAAUAG